GGCCCAGCACUCAGGCCAUUCUUCAGAAGCCAGCACCUGGCUCAGAGCACCCUGGCCCUGGUAUCACGCACACUGUGCCAGGUUCUUGAUGUGAGGGCACAGGGCAGGCGAUGAGUGGGGACCCCAGAGACAGUGAAGGAAGCUCCCUGGCCAGGAAGGAGUUCUUGAGACACUGUCAGGCUCAUCAGGCCCUUCUGUGGCUGCCCAGCUCCCCCAACCAGAUUUCCUGUUCAGACCGAGGUGAUAGUUGGUCAUAAGAAGCCGACCUACACUUCUGCCGGCCCCAUGAGAAAGGACAAAGCAACACAUGCACACUGGACCGGGAGCCACCCCGGGCAGAUUUAUCUGUGCCACGAGGGAAGUGUCUUCUGCCCCAGGGGCAUGGGCCAAAGGCAGAACUAACUGCCUGAAGUCUUUGCUCUCAGGAUGCAGCUGGAGACAGCCCAAGACGGCAAGAUGUGGCUCGGGGUGCUGCUGGCACUUACGCUUUGUCCAGGCCUUGAAGGACAAGAAAACCCCUUCACCAUCAACUACAUCCACAUGAAUAUCCUGCCAGGACUGGAGGUGCAAAAUGGGGAGAACCUGACCCUGCAGUGCGUCGUGGACAUCAGCACCACCUCCCAUGUCAAGCCUCAGCACUGGGUGCUGUUCUAUAAGGAUGAUGUGCUGUUUCACAACGUCUCCUCCAUGAAGAACACGGAGAGUUAUUUUAUUCCCCAAGCCCGGGUCUGUGAUGCAGGGACAUAUAAAUGCACCGUGAUUCUGAACAACAAGGAGAAAACCACAUCGGAGUACCAGGUGUGGGUGAAAGGAGUGUCCGAUCCCAGAGUGACACUGGACAAGAAAGAGGCAAUAGAAGGCGGGGUCGUGACGGUCAAUUGUUCGGUCCCAGAGGAAAAUCCCCCAAUAUACUUCACAAUUGAAAAACUCAAGCUAGAUGCAAAAGGUUUCAAGCAAAAAAGAGAAAAAGUUUCUCAGAACCAGAAUUUUAUGGUGAUGGAAUUCACAGUGGAGGAACAGGACCAUGUCAUAUUGUUCCAAUGUCAAGCCAGGAUCUUUUCUGGGACCAAUGUGGAGAUCUCUAAAGCCAUCAAGAGUGAACUGGUCACCGUGACGGAAUCCUUCUCUAAUCCCAGAUUCCACAUCAGCCCCAAGGGAGUGAUCACAGAAGGAGAUCAGCUCAACAUUAAGUGCACCAUUCAAGUGACACACCUGGUGCAGUCAUUUCCAGAAAUCAUAAUCCAGAAGGACAAGGCAAUUGUAGCACACAAGACGCAUGGCAAUGAGGCCACCUACUCAGUGAUGGCCAUGGUGGAGCAUAAUGGCAACUACACGUGCAAAGUGGAAGCCAGCCGGAUAUCCAAGGUCAGCAGCAUCGUGGUCAACAUAACAGAGCUGUUUUCCAAGCCGAAGCUGGAAUCUUCCGCCACCCGCCUGGAUCACGGUGAAAGCCUGAACCUGUGGUGCUCCAUUCCAGGAGCACCUCCAGCCAACUUUACCAUCCAGAAGGAAAACACGAUUGUGUCACUGUCUCAAAAUUUCACCAAGAUAGCCUCAGAGAGGGACAGAGGGACAUACACCUGCAAUGCAGGCAUUGGCAAGGUGGUCAAGAAAAGCAAUGCAGUCCAGAUAACUGUGUGUGCCCCUGUGGAUGAGGUCAAGCUCACUAUCCUGCUGAAUGAAGAGGUGGAGUCUGGGAAGGAGGUUGUGCUUCGGUGCUCCGUGAAUGAUGCCUCUGGUCCCAUCACCUACAGGUUUUACAGAGAAAAGGAGGGCAGUCCCUUCUACCAGAUCAUCUCAAAUGAUACCUACGCCAUUUGGCACAAGGAGAAGGCUAGCAAGGAACAUGAGGGACAAUAUUACUGCACAGCCUUCAACAGAGCCAACCUUGUUAAAAGCAAUCCCCAAAGCAACAUACUGACAGUCAGAGUCUUUCUUGCCCCAUGGAAGAAAGGACUUAUUGCCGUGGUUGUCAUCGGAGUGAUAAUUGCCACCUUGAUACUUGGAGCCAGAUGCUGUUUUCUGAAGAAAGCCAAGGCCAAGCAGACGCCAGUGGAGAUGGCCAGGCCAGCAGCGCCACUUCUGAAUUCCAGCAAUGAGAAGAUGUUGUCAGAUCCCGAUACCGAAGCCAACAGACAUUACGGUUACAGUGAAGAUGUUGGAAACCAUGCAAUGAAACCAGCAAAUGAAAAUAAAGAGCCUCUGACCAUGGAUGUGGAAUACACAGAAGUGCAAGUGACCCCAUCUGAGCCUUACCAAGAGAAAAACAGGAGCCAAAAUAAAGCACCAUCCGGAAACAUCCCUGACAGCAGAGACAAACAGCCUGCUGGCCUGGGUCUGGAAACCAAGGGCACAGAGACGGUGUAUAGUGAAAUCCGGAAAACUAAUCCUGAUUUCGUGGAAAACAGAUAUUCUAGAACGGAAGGCUCCCUUGAUGGAACUUAGGGCUGCGAGGACCGAUGUUCCUCCUUGGAAGGACACCCAUGUUCCAAGAAGAGGAGAUCAUUCCUGUAUUCCAAGAGCUCUGUGCAUUUAUUUAUGAAACUGCCCUGCUCCCACUGAACAGAGCAAUUCCUCAGGCCAAGUCACCAGUUCCGAAAUCCAUCUGCCUACAUUUAUGGGGGGUAUAAAGAGAUAUGGAGGGGCUGGUUAAGUCCCCCCACAGCGCCCCCCUCUCACCAAGCUGGGGCAUCCUCAGGAGUGGGGAGCCGCAGAAGGAGGUUCAGGGUUAAACGGCCAUUGGGAUAUUUUGAAACUUGAAUAUUUUUGUCUUGCACGGAGAUCAAGAACUUGUCCAAGUAUCUUCACACACAGAAACCAUUUUUUUUGUUUUGUAGCCAAUCGCUUCUAGCGAAUGGCUGGGCUGAGGGGCUAUUUCUCUCUCUCUCUCUCUCUCUCUCUCUCUCUCUCUCUCUUUGCCUUUGGUCCUUCAAAGGCCUGUGGUUCUGGGUGGUCCUUGUUCCUCGGAAGUGAACAGCACUGACCAGACGGUGCCCCCUGUUCCCUCCACGACCUCGCCUGCCACAAAUGUCACAACAAAGCGGCUUGGGAGCGACCCCUUUGAGAUGCCAACCUGAAGAUCAGGUUCAUUCCGGGCAAUGCACAGAAGAGAAAAUGAAGUCGGACAGAGCACAGAUGUUCUUAUGCUGUUUUUCUAUACCCUUUCUUUCUUUUCCUUUACCAUGCUGCAGGCUGCAAGAUGGGAAGAUGUUUGCCUACAGCAAAUAUUGUUUUUAAUAGAAAAAUGAAAUGCGUAUUUUUCUUACUAAUUUUUUUUUAAUUUAUUCCUUGCUAAAGAAAUGGUCCCCUAAGGUCUUACGAUAUUUCUGAGGGUGUCUUGAGUGGGUGGACGAGUAGCCGCAGCCAUUUUGCGGGGGAAUUUCACUAGUGAGCACACCUAGCUGAGAUCAUUUUCCCCCCACGUCCCGUCCACCUCAGUGACACAGCUGCAGGGUAUUGCAUUAAAUAAAUUUGAUCUU